GCAGCGUACGUAGUGGCGCCCAGCUGCUUGUCGCCAUACUUUACUCCUCGGGCUUUCCCGGAGGGUCCGGCUUGUCAGCAUGCUGUGCCAUUGUUUGAUAACUAGUACUUAUUUGACAUACGAGUGUUUGAAACAGAAAGGAGUAAAAAUCCCUGCUUUAACGCCAAUUUUGCAGCGACUGGGUCCAGAUUUCGGCACGUUCUACUGCGGAAACGCUCUACCCCUCUUCUGCAGAACUUCUCAAAACUACACUAUAUUAAUGUAGAAUUGUUCUAGGCUAUAUUUCUAUUUCUCAGGGGCGGCACAACCCUACUUAUGUCGACAUGUACCCGGCCUGGUCGAGCACUUGGGCCUUGCAUCGAGGUUGUAUGAUGCAGGGGGUAACCACUUACACGCGGGCUUGAGAGGUUGGGGUUUGGUUUGGCCCCGAGGUAAGCGCUAGCUUUCAAGGCGGCCCCAGGGUAUGGCACGCCGAGAUCGGCCAGCGUCGAACCGGGCUCUACCAGAUGGUAAUUCUGCUCUUGGCUUCCAAUCAAAUCUAUCUAGGUCGUUACAUAAGUGCAGGGGCCGGCACAAUUCGGACCCGCAACUCAGCGAAACAUUCCAACUGUUGCGAAGCGUCCUUCAGCGAACCUUAUUGACGUACGCUAAGCGUAGUGAUACAAUGUGUACAUGAAGCUUAACGAUGGUUUAGCUCUGUUUCUGAGGGGGUGGAUAUACAUCUCCAAUUGAUCGUUUCCAACUUUAGGUGCUAGUUAGUGAUCGAUGCUGCCAAGAGGGUGGCUAAUCUGCUGCGUGCUCGUAGCGCUGCCCUCGGCAUUGCGCGCCGGGCACGAGAUGGGGCCAGCCUUUGAACCUGACGCGCGGGAGAGGACCAAGCGGAGACCAGACCUGGAAUGGAAUUGGGGCCAUACGUUCACGCGCGUAACGGUGGACAAUCAGCGGGUCUCUAGCGUGCUUUCACACCUGCUGCGGUACAACUUCACACUCCCGCGCGUGCAACUGCAGCGCGGCAUGGUGUACAUGGGCGCGGCCACCCGCCUGCGCCGCGUCAUCCACGACGCACUGUCGGGCAAGCCCAUCAAGGUCGGCCUGGUGGGCGGCAGUGUGUCGUGGGGCCAGGGCGCCUCAAUCCGCGGCGUGAACGACUGGUUCUCCCUGGUCGGGAACUACCUGGUGCGGGCCUUUCCGAAUAGCAACGUGACCACGCGCAACGGCUGCACGCCGGGCGUGCCGUCCUCAUACAUGAUCAUGUGCCUGGAGCUGAGUGUGGAUGCGGACGUGGACCUGGUGCUCACAGAAUACACACUCAAUGACGGGCACGACUCCAACCUGUACGACAACUCGAUCGUCAAGGGCAUGGAGCGGCUGCUGCGGCGCAUCAUGGCGCUGCCCAAGCAGCCGGCCGUGGUGAUGAUGCACCACAUGACACACAACAUGGGCACGUACCCGCCGGGCCACCCCAAGUUCUACGGGGGCUGGCGGCACUUCUACGAGUCCACGGAGGACGCGCAGGGCGCCCUGUCGCAGUACUACGACGUGCAGUCUCUGUCCCAGCGCAGCGCCCUGUACCGGCUGUCGGGCUUCAAGCAGCAGGAGGGCUUCCUGUGGGAGAACUUCUUCACCGACUUCCACUCGGGGGACCUGGGGCACGCGGCCAUGGCGGACCUGACGGUGUAUCUAAUCCAGCAGGCGGCACUGGACCUGCUGCUGCACCCCUUCGGGCCCGAGGACCAGGCCGUCAUCGCGGAGGGGGUGCCCAAGCAGACCAUGUACACGGACAACGAGCCGCCGUACAUGACCAUGUGCCACGUGGGAGACACCUUCAGGAACCUAACCCUGUCCUCGGAGGGGUGGGAGUACCUGAACGAGGGCCGCCCAGACAAGCCCAAGUGGGGAUGGGUAACCAACAAGACCGGCAGCGUUCUGACGCUGCGCCUGGACACAGACCGCUCCGCCAUCUCCAAAUCCACCGAGCCCGUCAAGGUGUUCUUCCAGCACUUGAGGAGCUAUGAGAACAUGGGCCAAGCGGAGUUCAGCUGCACCUCCGGCUGCACCUGCGACCCGGUGACAGUGGACGCGCACAUCACCAUGCGCGUCAGCCAGCUCUACCUGGCAGAGCUCAAGGUGACCCAGUCCAAGGAGUGUGUGGUGGCUGUGAAGGUGCUGGACAAGUCCAGCAGCGGCGGCGGCACCAAGUUCAAAGUGGCGGGCGUCAUGCUAGCGGAGCGGCCCGGACUCAGCACGGGCAUGCGCGGCGUGUCGGGACACAACGAGGCGUUUGGCCUCAGUGUGCACACGGGAGACGUCACGCAGGUCACAAUCAGCAAGGACGGCCGGAGAGGCGGCUGGGGCGCGCCGGACCGCAGGCGGAGGCGGGGCAGCAGGCUCCUGCGCCGCACGUGAGCACUGCACGGGGGUGCUUCCGCAGGCUGGCAGGGUGCAUGUGAUGUGUUGGUUCCGUCCCCUGCUGGGCUGUGGGAGGAAGGCCUGACGGCGCGUAAGUCCCUACUCUAAGGGUAGCCCCAGCUCGUCAUCAAGUCCUUUUACGGCGUUCCUGCUACAUUGGUAUCGAGCAUUCAGGUUCUCUGAACUCGAGCGAACACGUUUGAGAGGUCACGAGUUCAAUCCGCUGUGCGCGCGGAUCGUCGUAAGAGGCUACACAAAGUGUAGUAGCGAAGCAUUCAAUUCGAUUUGAUUUGAUAGCGACGCGUUGAGAGGCAAGAUCCUCCCGCAGUCCACCUGACGCGAUGAGAGGCACGCUCCUCCUGCAGUCUUCUGAUGAUUACUCCGAAUGCUUCUGCGAACAAGGGGUGUCAGCUUUGUACAGCUGGAAAAUGGGCUGAGCCCCUAGAGCAAGGGAUGUGACGAUGGGUACCGGCGACAUGAACAGCACCCUUGCAAGCCCAGCGGGACUGGCAAAGGGGCAUACCAAAGGCACCGCCACGCCCUGUCCACGCCACUCCACACAUGAGUCAUACCUCAUUCCAAAUCCCUCACAAGCACCACAAACGGCUAGUGGGGCUCGGGCGCGUGAUCCGGGGCCGCGACAUAAUUAAGGCGGGAUCGGCACGCAUGGUUCGGCUGUUGCACAAGAUUUCGACAUUCUUGCCCCAAGACGCUUGUCGUCGACAUGUUUUGAUACAUGGAUGUAAGAUAUUCAGGGC